AUGGGAGCUGUGGGGUUUCACUCAGCCUUUUCUGCUCUCCCCUUGGUGCUGCUGGCAGCCAGCAGCAGCCUGGGGCUGAGGUGCAAGGAGCGUGAGCACGUCUACGGUGGGAGGUGCUGCAAGGACUGCGCCCCUGGUGAGGGAAUGCAGCUGCGCUGCACGGCCAGGCAGGACACCGUCUGCAGACCCUGUCGGGAGGGCCACUUCAGCAGUGAGCACAGCCACAGGUUCUGCAGCAGCUGCACAGUCUGUGACACCUGGAAGGGCAGUGUGGAAGUGAAGAAGUGUGAGAAGACCUCUGACAGGAUCUGCAGGUGCCGUGCAGGCUACAUGCCGGUGCUGGGCACCACCCCGGGAAGCGUUUGCUCUCCAUGUCCUGAAGGAUCUUAUUCCCUGGGGCACAAUGAAGACUGCCAGCCUUGGACCAACUGCAGCCUUCUGGGGAAAGCCACACUGCAAGCAGGAACAAAAUCCACUGAUGCUGUGUGCAGCAACCAUGCCUCACACCCAGCCAGCCCCCAGAGUGCAACUCCUGCCUGGAACCUUUCCACCUCUGACCACCAGGACAGCGUCUCCACAGCAGCCUCCUCUCCAGCCAGACCCAGCCUGAGUCCUUCCAUCUGCCUGGACACAAACAGCAGCCCCACAGAAACUAACUGGGGGUCUUUAUCCCUCAUCCUUGUCUGUCUGAUGCUGCUUCUGGUGAGUGGCAUCUCCAUCCUCCUGCUGGUCAUCCAAGCAGCCAAGAACCAGAGCAAGAAGAGGCCUUGCAGAAGCAACCUGCAGCAGCCACAGAGCUGUCGAAUUCCUGUCCAGGAGGAACACAUUGACUCCAAUUCCACUCUCAUCAAAAACUGA